AUGGAUCACAUUCCGCGACUUUCAGAUGCAGUCUAUGUGGGACUGUGUCAUGAGAUAGGGAGCCCUACAGAAGUGAGAAUCAGAAGAGAAGUUAUGGACAUUGAGGAGGAGGUACGUAGACCUGUGAAUAUAAUGAGGGGAUUUGAGCAAAUGAGGAGUGGGAGUAGACGUGAGGGAUUCAGACUGAGAACUUCAGAUGAAGAUUGGAUGUGUUGGCCUCCAGGUCACAAGGUGAUAUGUGAUCUCUCUCAGAUCAGUCUCUACCGUAUUCCACAACACACUGUGAUUUUCAUGGAAUGCGAUGAUCGACCACCGGGGUUUACCAGACUUGAAUUAAUUAGUCCAUCAAAUGAUCCUAUAGUUAAUUUCUCCUGUGUGUUGAUGAAUGACGAAUUUUAUAUUUCUAGUACAUUAUUUCGCGAUAAACAUUUGCAACAUCUUAGAUCCAGUAAUGUCUUUUAUGCCUCUUCUUUCAAUCAUGGGCCUUGCGCUACAUACGUUGCUGUAGAUAAGGAAGCAGACGUUGCAUUCUGUGUACAGUCACAACACUGGCCGACAAAAGCACUGCCAUGGAUACAAAGAUGUCGACAACAAGGUUGGCUGUCUGAGGUAGUCAUAUCAGAUAUAUUAAGAGCAGGAUUCCACGUUGUUCCUAUCGGCAGCACACCAGAUGAUACAAUGGAAUGGAGAAUCUCAUUUUCGAAAGCCGAACAAAAACUUGUGUAUUCAAUGAAUCACUGUCAGUUUUUGUGUUAUGGUCUCUUUAAAAUUUUUCUUAAAGAAGUUAUAAAUUUUAAAAAUAAUACUCCUAUUCUAUGUUCAUAUUUCAUAAAAACAUGUAUCUUUUGGUUAAUUCAGAAUAGAAAUUCCUUGACUUGGUCACCCGAUAAUUUAUUGUCUUGCUUCUGGGAAUGCUUUAAAUUACUAAUACACUGGGUACAUAUUGGAGAAUGUCCAAAUUUUUUUAUUCCAGAAAACAACAUGUUUAGAGUGAAAGUCACAGGUUCUGUACAAGCUUUAACCUUCAGUCAUUUGUUUGGUUGUGUGUCAGACAUUCUGUUUCUUGCUAUGUACUUGUACGGAGAUUGUAGAUAUGAACACUCCCUACAUUAUUUGCAGGAAGAACAGGAGAGAUUGUCACAGUCAAAUACCGGUAUAAUGUAUAAUCAUUAUGCAUUUCUGGACAGACAGUGCAUGACUGAGAUGCCUUUGGGUAAAAAAUUAAAGACAGUUGUAAUAAAAGAUAUUACCUUGUUCUAUAAGCAUAUUUACAUUAGAGAACUAGAGUUGGAACAGCGGAUGAGUGAAAAGAAUAACAUGCCAGUAUUAAUUAUACCGCCUCUAGUGAUGUUACGCAUGUUGUUUACACUGAAUCACCACAAACUGCGUGACACAGUCAGGUCACAACAAUCUCUACAGGAUCUACACACUCUGCUGCUCUAUGACAGCGAUAAUGUACCUACUGAAUCCAGAGAUAUUUCGUGGCAAAUACUAGAUGAUGAACCUGAGAUUACAAGCGAUUUGAAAGAAUUUCACUCAGAACCAGAGCUUGAGGAGGAGCGAGAGGAACCAGAAAUGGAUGAGCUGGAACUAGAAUCAUCAGAGAACCUGGGGCCCGUUUACAGAAGGCCUUACAACUAA